AUGGAAAGAAUGUUCCCAUCAAAGAAGCCCUCAACUAUGAUGAAUUCUCUUGAUAGACCCAUGUGUGUUCAAGGUGAUUCUGGCCUGGUUCUCACCACUGAUCCAAAACCACGGCUUCGUUGGACUGUCGAACUCCAUGAACGCUUUAUCGACGCUGUUGCUCAGCUUGGAGGACCAGAUAAAGCCACUCCUAAAACAAUUAUGAGGGUUAUGGGUGUAAAGGGUCUUACCCUUUACCACCUCAAGAGCCAUCUUCAGAAAUUUAGGCUUGGAAAGCAACCCCACAAGGAAUUCAAUGAACAAUCGAUUAAGGACGGUAUGAGAGUUUCAGCUUUUGAACUGCAACGAAAUACUGGCACCUCGUCUUCUAUGACUGGCCGCAACAUGAAUGAAAUGCAAAUGGAGGUGCACAGAAGAUUGCACGAGCAAUUAGAGGUUCAGAAGCACCUUCAAUUGAGGAUUGAGGCUCAAGGAAAAUACAUGCAAAGUAUAUUAGAGAAAGCUUAUCACACGCUUGCUGGAGAAAACAUGGCAGCUGCAGCUACAAAUUUCAAGGGUAUAACUGGAACUCAAAGCAUCCCUGAUAUGAAAGAUUUUGUUUCUCCUCUUAAUAACUUUCCUCAUUUCCAAGACCUUAACAUUUGUGGUAGUGAUGAGGAACAACUCGAGAGACCAAUCCUUGAAGGAUUUAUGCCAACUAAUAAUAGUGAAAACAUAUUUGUUGGGAAGAAAAGGACUAACCCUUUUGAUGAAAAUGGAAAGAGCCCAUUAAUUUGGAACAAUAAUGAUCUUAGGCUUCAUGAUUUUGGAACAACUUCAUCAUGCAUUAGCCCUCAAGAUGUUCCUAAUUUCAAAAGUGACUCAUUGGAUGGAAGUGAUGAAAGUGAUCCCAUUGGUGAAGCUUAUGACACAAAGGUGAGUGAGAAGAAGUUUGGUGCAUCUAUGAAGCUGGGAAUAACAUCACCUGUGAUCAAUGUCGUGGCAACUGGUAGAAGCUUAUCACCAUUUGGUUGA